AUGCGCCUGUCAAGUGGCCGCCGCUACACGGUCAGGUCGCUCGACGCCCUCUCCGAUGACCUGUUGAAGGAAUUCUGCCUGGACACCGACUAUAACACCUUGUCGACACGGCGCGGCACAGAGCUGGUUGACGACCCCCAUAAUGUGACUGAAGAGUUCAAGGAGCGCGUAAAGGUGACCGUCUGCGACCACCAGUAUCGCAGACAAGACCCCGACUUUGGCGAGCCAGCGUGGGACAGCCCCCUCCUCGACGCCAUCUCGCCGACGACGUUCCACCCGCAGCAGCAAAGCCCACUCUUCGGCAAGCUCAGCAGCGAGCUCCGCGACCAGGUCUUCGCCCUCGCGCUGGCCGAGCACGAAGACUGGAGCCGCGAGUACUUCGCCGACGAGGAGGCCGACCCGGCCCGCUACUGCGAGUACAUCCGGCCGGGGUGGUACGCGCCCUGGCGCGUCGACUGGGCCCUCCUCCUGACCUGCCGGCGCGCCUACCACGAGGCGGCGCACCUCCCCAUGCGGCAGGCCGUGCACAGGCUGUGUCUCGGCGCGGGGGCGAAGCCGCGCAACGACGGGCAGAAGAGCGACUACAUGUGUCUCGGCAGGGUGCGGCUCGAGGCCCUCACGAGGCAUAACCUGCAGAACGUCACGGAACUGUGCAUCCAGGCGGACCCGCAUCUCCUCACGGGCCUCGACAUCUACGUGAGCUGGUGGGAGAGCGUUGUCGGGCCAGACGCCUUCCCGAACCUCGAGUGCCUGACCCUCAUCGUCGCCUGGAACGCGUGGUUCCCCGCCGCGGAGGUGGGCGAGCUGGACCUGGAUGCGAUGUCGGCCAUGACCUGCUGGCCGGAGGUUAGGAAGCGGCUCACGCUGGAGCUCGAGGCUGGGGACGACGAGCGGGACCGUGCGCGGCUGAAGGCCCUGGUCCGCGAGAUGCGGCGCGCGUUGAGCCUCACGACCAUCAACGGCACGCCGCUGGUGCCGGCGCCCAGGUGGCGGAGCUACAGGUGGCUGUUUGAGGCGCCGGACGGGGUGCUGGGCGGCGCGUUUGCCGAGUACCGCCAUCUCAUCAACGAGGAAACCGAGAUGCUCGUUGCUGUGUGCGACUUUGUGCCGGGACGGCGGCCCGCGCUGUGGAAGGACAUUCGCGAUGAACAGGUUUACGGGGGCAGGAGGACCGGGAAUGACAUAUCGAGCAAUCCUCUGUAA